AUGGCAGUAAACACCCACCAGUCUCCUGAAGAGAUAAAGAAGCAACAUUCAGCUCUCGCCGCAGACGUUGAGAUAGUAGAGAGCACAGCCAUCAUGACCGUCGACUCUGCAAUCGAGCGACGCAUCAAACGCAAGGCAGAUCUCAUCAUCCUCCCCACUCUUGCCAUCACUUACCUCUUCAACUCCUUGGACCGCAGCAACCUUUCCAACGCCCACACGGCCGGCCUCGUGGAGGACCUCCGACUGCGGGACAACGAGUUCAAUCUCGCAUUGACCUACUACUUCAUUCCCUUCUGCAUCUGUGGCCCCCCUGCCGGAGUGCUCAGCAAGCAGGUUUCCGCCAAAGUCGCCAUUCCCGUCAUGAUGCUGGGCUUCGGAGCAGCGUCCCUGGCCACCGCAUUCGUCACCAACUUCGGCCAGCUCGUCGCCUGUCGGUGUAUCGUGGGCGUUUUCGAGGCAGGUUUCCUCGCUGCUGUCGUCUACUACCUCUCAAUCUGGUACACCCGCAGCGAGAUCGCCUCGCGCAUCGGUAUAUUCUACGCCGCCCUAGUCACCUCAUCCGCCUUUGGCGGCCUGAUCUCCUACGGCGUCUUCCAGCUCCGCACCAACCACUACCAAUGGUUCUACCUCUUCAUCAUCGAAGGCUCUCUGACGCUGUUGUUCGCGUUUCUGACCUUCUUCAUCAUCCCCAAGGACAUCCAGACCAGCUGGUUCCUCACGGAAAGGGAAAAGGAGGUAGCCCGGGCCCGCAUCCUGGCCGAGUCGGCCGAGACGCUCGAGAACACUUUCAAGUGGAAGGAAGCGCUGAGCGAGUUCACGACUCCUCAUCCGUACGUUCGAAUCAUUAUCGCCAUCACGUACUCGACGCUGCAGCAGUCGAAUAACAAUUUUCUCGCUAUCAUUGUUGGUCGGCUGGGCUAUGACACCGUCAAAACGAAUCUGUAUACAGUAGCACCAGCACUGGUUGCCGCCGUGCUUCUCCUCGUUGCGACAUUCUCAUCGGACCACUUCCACGAACGCGGAAUGCACAUGGUCAUCUCCUUACUGGUCAGCAUCAUCGGCUACGCUCUCCUCAUCACCGUCAACCUCGAUAACGUGGGCCUGACGUAUUUUGCCAUCUUUGUGACAACAGUCGGUGCAUACCCAAUGUCGCCCAUAAACAACGCAUGGAUCGUCUCGAAUAUUCCGAACCUCAACGCCCGCGCCUUCACAACCGCAGUUCUGAUCUCGAUUGCCAACACGGCUGGACUGAUCGCGAGCAAUAUUGUCCUCCCAUCCGAGGCUCCCCGCUACGUGACCUCGUGCUGGGUCGAUCUAGGCGCGGCAGUCUUGGGCCUCUUGACCUGCGGAGCAUAUUCUAUGUGGAUGAGAUGGGAGAAUCGACGCAGGGAUCGACUUCAAGGUACCUCGAACCAGCAACCCAUCACGAGAGGGGUCUCCGGGACGAAAGACCUACGAUUUCGAUUCUGCCCCUAA